CAAAACAAUGAAGAGGAGCCUCUGACUUUCUGUAAACGUGCUGUGGGUGUUUACUUGAAUGGCAUCCUGAAUGAACCGGACCUGCUUCACUGAUUCAUUCUUCAGUUAUCACAGGUGACAUGCAGUAAUGCACGGCUAAAGGGAUGGUUUCAGAGCUUGACUACUCUCUCCUGCGACAGCUAAAGUGAUGUCUGUGUCCUCCUUCCUGCGUAUGAGGCUUGGUGGCAGAUGCUGUGCUGCUCAGAUAGUUCAGAAAAGAGCUCUGUCCGGGGCAGACGCUGUUAACGCUCUCAGACCAUUUUACUUCGCAGUGCACCCUGACUUCUUUGGCCAGCACCCGAGAGAAAGGGAAGUGAAUGAAAACUCUCUUAAACGGCUCAAUGGCUAUUUGGAGAGUCUUCAAAAGCCAGGCAUGAGGUCGAUCAAGCCUACAAAGCUCACUUUUUAUGUCCGGGACACAAAGGAGAAAAUAGACGAUGAGAGUGACCUGAUUCCCUCUGGUUUCCGAUCAGUGACUUUCACUCUGCAGUCUAAGGAUGUCCUGAGUACAGUGAUGGAAGUUCUGAAGUCUUGUAGCUUGUCAGUGGAACACAUGCAGGGACUACUGAAAGCCAGAGCAGAGAGCCAGAACUCACCAAAACAAGGUGGAAUUCCUUUCUAUCGCCCCAUAAAAUGGGACAAGACAUACUACAGCUUCACAGGGUUCAGAGACCCAGAGCAGGAGCUGGAGCAGGCCAAGAAAAUGGAGACAACACUCAGUCUGUGGCUAAGGAACAAGGAACCGGAGGCCACGACGAAGCAGAAUGCGAGCGUGCCCCGUCGAGCUGAGCUGAAAAGACUGAAGAGAGAGCUCAUUGAGAAACUGGGUCUGGUUGAUAUCAGGUGGCAGCGCAAAUGGGGAGUUGCACACAGGUGCUGUCAGCUACAGAGUCUGUGUCGACUCGCUUUACAGACCCCAGAAGCCCUGCUCAAUCUGAGAGGGCACACAGUAAUCUUCACUGACCAGUCAGGGAUGAACGCCUCAGGCCAUGUGAUGUUGGGAACAAUGGACGUGCAUCAUCAGUGGACAAGACUUUUCCAGAGGUUGCCCAGUUACUGUAGUCUGUUCCAGCAGACAGUGUGGCUAAAAGACAGGAUCAGUUUUCUUUUAGGAGGGAUCCAGGUGAUCCAUAUGGAGCGAGUGGGUCCUGUUCUGCCACUAGAGGAGCAUUACAGCACCCUCAACACCUUCCACAAGAGACUGCUGCCCCACCGGCUCGCCCUGCACCCCCGCAGCCUGGAGGGCCUCACCAUGACCCUGGAGAAUGACCGUUCCACCCCCAGACUCCAUGAGAUGGGCCACUUCAUCAUCCCUGUAAUGUGUGACGCUGUGCAGUUGCAGAACUUCCUGCAGAGCCACGCCCAGGAGGCCCGCAGACGCAUGCAGCACAAGGACCAGUUGGAGGCUGAGGAGGAGAAUGUGAUGUCCAGCUGUGUUCAAGACCUGUCUCUGCGCAGUCUGUCCAAAGAGCCCAGCGUUUCUAGCAGUCAAAUGAUCCCGUGCUGCAGACGGUUGAUGGAGGAGAGGUCUCCCCACAUGCAGGGCCUGCACCUCCAUGUCUCACACUUCUACUCUGUUAUGCAGGAUGGCGAUCUGUGUAUUCCCUGGGACUGGAAGGGCUGAUGCACUCUCACACACUCGCAAAUACAAACACCCUGUGAGUGCUUGGGCAGCAAGACCUGUAGGACUUGCAGCUAUAUAGAUGUGGAAGGUUGUAGUGGUUUGCCAACUUGUAUGUAUAUCAUAUAAUCUGAAUGCACUUUGGUUUCAUGACUCAAGCAGAUGGGAGGUUUGCUUUUAAAGCAGUCAACAUGAAAUACCAAAUGAAGGGUUCUUGUGCCAUAAAUUAGUAUAUUGGUUAUGUUGACUGUAAAUGUGACUUUGAAUUGAAGCACUAACACUAAGGAUUGAGUAAGUUGCCAUUAGCCACAUAUUGCUUUGGAUGAGUCAUUUGUACAGUCACUUUAUUUACAGUCUCGCAGGAGCCUGGAACGGUUAUUGGAUGUAAAGUAUCUUUUUGUUAUGGACUUGAAUUACCUUUCCAUGACUCAACAGCGUGAACCUCUGUUCCAUUUUAAAUGGCAAAUGACACAAGUGUUGGCCAAAAGGAGAAGGGAAUAGCUGUUGAGUAUUAGCACACUACACUGCCUGAAUUUGCUGCAGACUAUGUAAUGCAUCUGCUGUCCACUAGAUGGAAAUCAACUGCAGUCAUCAGGAAACUUCACUAAAAGUGUACCAGAAAAACACCCAUUCCACUAACAGUGUAUUUAAUGGUCACUGAUUUUCAGCAUUUCAUCCUCAUCAUGGAAUAAUAUAUUUUGCUUAAUAUACUGUGAAACAAGACUGCAAAUGGCUGAUAACUGUGUGCAGAAAGCUGUGAGAUGUUGAGCUGGGUUUGGACCCCAGCAAUGCUUUUUGAAACUUUCAGAGAAGAAACAGUUUAAUUCCUGGGACCUGCCUCUUAAAGCUGUCUCACUCAAGUAAAUAAAUAAAGCUUGACUGUGGGUGUGCUUUUAGACCUCACUUGGACCCACUUAUAAACUGUAUGAAUCUGUUCCACUUAGUUUUCAAUAUGAGCGCACAAGUGGCAGGAAAGUGACUUUGUUUUAAAGUUACUCAGCUAUAAAUGAAUUAACCAGCUGACAUUGGCUUGGAGAAACUUGCCAAAAGUUUUUUUUUUGAGUAAUGACUUUAUAAGAAAGUCAGUGCUGCUCUUUAUAUUACCCCACAAACCAUGGAAGGUGUUAAUCCUAUACAGUUGUAUGCAAAUGGUUCAACAUCUUUGGUCAAAUGACGUGUUUUGUUGAUUUACUAAGUGAAAAUAUGUCAUAUCAUCAACAGGCAAUAAACUCAAAUAUGGCAGAUUUAUGAGUUUAAUAUAUUGGAGGAAAAAAAAAUACAAAAUAUAACACAAAAUAUAAAAUGUGUCAUAACUUUUGCACAGGCCACAUUUUGUGUUUGAUUUUUUUCCCCUUAAAAUAUUAAAUUCAACAAAACAGUAAUGGUGCAUUUGAAUCUGCAGAAGUGUGUUCUCUGUAGAGGAUAGAUAACUUAUUUUCACUUAGAGCAUCAACAGAAUGUCAUUUGACCUGGGGCACCCAAACAACUGUAGAUUAGUCUUUAUUAAUUGUAAGUCCUGAACUGUUGUCAUGCAAGAUACAUGGUUAUAUUUAAAUCUUGUGUGUGUAUAAUGUGUUAUUUAGCACAGUGUUAAUGUUUCAAAUGUUGUAACUGCAAAUGAGUAAAUUAUUUAAUCUGUUCUAUCAGAGUUUAUCAGACUAAUUGGGGUUAAUAAAGCCGUAUUCUAGUA